AUGAGGAAACCAGAGGGAGCAAUUGCAACCAGUACUCAUCAAGUAAAGAAGAUGAAGAAGGGACUUUGGUCUCCUGAGGAAGACUCAAAGUUGAUGCAAUACAUGAUAAGCAAUGGCCAAGGAUGUUGGAGCGAUGUAGCGAAAAACGCAGGCCUUCAAAGAUGUGGCAAAAGUUGUCGUCUUCGUUGGAUCAACUAUCUUCGUCCUGACCUCAAGCGUGGUGCUUUCUCUCCUCAAGAAGAAGAUCUCAUCAUUCGUUUUCAUUCCAUCCUCGGCAAUAGGUGGUCUCAGAUUGCAGCACGAUUACCUGGUCGGACUGACAACGAGAUCAAGAACUUUUGGAACUCAACAAUAAAGAAAAGGCUUAAGAAGAUGUCGGAUACGUCCAACCUCAUCAACAACUCAUCCUCAUCACCCAACAACACAAGUGAUACUUCUUCUAAUUCCUCCUCUUCUAAUUUGGAUCUUAAGGACAUUAUAGGAAGCUUCAUGUCCUUACAAGAACAAGGAUUCGUCAACCCCUCUUUGACCCACAUACCAACCAACAACACUCAAUUUCAAGCGCCACACAUGAUCAACCACCCAUGUAAUGACGAUUUUACCCCUUACGCAGAUGGCUUCUAUGGAGUUAACGCGGGGUUACAAGGGGAACUUUACUUUCCACCUUUGGAAUGUGAAGAAGGUGAUUGGUACAAGGCAGAUAUUAACAACCACUUAGAAGACAUGAACACUAAUGGUAAUGGAGCUGGAAACGGAAACGUGCCUGAGAAUAUGAGAAUGGAAGAAUAUUGGGACCUUGACCAGUUGAUAAACACUGAGGUUCCUUCGUUUUACUUCAACUUCAAACAAAACCUAUGA